UUGCCUCAGUUUUCACUCACAAACUAGUCUUAAAUCUUUUCUAAGCCAUAGAAGUCGCCAAAGCGUUGAGACUUCUCUAGUGUUGCUCAAAAAAUGGCCAAUCUUUGGCCUCACCUAGUCUAUGCAUUGGCACUAAUCUUAUUAGCUACCAAUGUAGCUGCUGACGAUCACAAGCCUUACAUUUAUGCUUCUCCACCUCCACCGCCUUAUGUUUAUGCAUCACCUCCACCACCUCCUUACUACUAUAAAUCACCACCACCGCCUUCACCAUCACCUCCUCCACCUUAUAUUUAUAAAUCACCACCACCACCAUCUCCAUAUCCUCCUCCUCCAUACGUUUACAAGUCACCACCACCACCAUCACCCUCACCUCCUCCUCCCUAUAUCUACAAGUCACCACCACCACCAUCUCCAUCACCCCCACCUCCUUACAUCUACAAGUCUCCACCUCCUCCAUCACCAUCACCUCCUCCUCCUUACAUCUAUAAAUCUCCUCCACCACCCUCACCAUCCCCUCCUCCUCCUUAUAUUUACAAGUCACCUCCACCUCCAUCACCUUCACCUCCCCCUCCUUACGUAUACAAGUCACCACCUCCCCCAUCUCCUUCACCCCCACCUCCUUACAUCUACAAGUCACCACCACCACCAUCACCCUCACCACCUCCUCCCUACGUCUACAAGUCACCACCUCCCCCAUCUCCAUCACCCCCACCUCCUUAUGUCUACAAAUCUCCACCACCUCCUCCAUACGUCUACAAGUCACCACCUCCUCCAUCUCCUUCACCUCCUCCUCCUUACGUUUAUAAGUCACCUCCACCACCUUCCCCAUCACCUCCUCCUCCUUAUGUUUACAAGUCACCUCCACCACCAUCCCCACCACCACCACGUUCCUCCUACUACUACAAAUCUCCACCACCUCCCACUGGUUACUAGUUCAAGUAUACUAGCUAGAGGUUUACAUUAUAAAUUGUUAAAAAAAAAAUAGUUGCUGUUGAAGUAAUCAAAUACUGUCGUUGGGUUUGGUUUAUUAUUAUGUACUUUGGUUUUGUGUCAAUCAAGGCGACCCGGUUGAGACAGGAGGGAAUAAAACAGAGGCUGAAUUCGAUGGACAUUGAUGCUUUGGCAUGUACUUGUGCAAAAAAUAUAUAUAUAUAUAUAUGAUUUAAUUUUAAUGAGUUGAUAAUAUGUAAAAUUGUCAUUUCUUUAAGAGAAAUGCUAUGUCUACAACAUUUCUACAACAUUUUUACAACAAAUCCUAAGUGGCAAGUUGUUACUGGUUGUUUUUGUUGGGACAAAAAAGUAAUCUUAGUGUUAGUUUUAAAUUUGAACCAAUAACAACUAACCACCCAUGAUUUGUUGUAAAAAUGUUAUAAAAAUGUUGUAGACGUAGCAUCUCUCUUUCUUUAAUUCAGCAUGAGUUCCAUGCACGUAUGAAUAAUAAUGUCUCUUGCAAUUCUUUUUCUAUAAUUGGAUCACGUUCUUCCAUUCCAUUUGUGGUUGA